AUGGCGCCGAAUCCCAUCCUGCCCGUCAAGGGCAAGAACAACGUCCUCAUCACCUCGGCGUUGCCCUACGUCAACAACGUUCCUCAUCUCGGAAACAUCAUCGGCAGUGUGCUGUCCGCCGAUGUCUUUGCUCGCUACUCCCGCGCGCGCGGCAACCCCACCAUCUACAUCUGCGGCUCCGACGAAUACGGCACUGCGACCGAGACCAAGGCCCUCGAGGAGGGCGUAACGCCGUCGGAGCUCUGCGCAAAGUACCACGCUCUGCACAAGGGUAUCUACGACUACUUUGACAUCUCCUUCGACAUCUUCGGCCGAACCCCGACCCCCCAACAAACCGAGAUCGUCCAGGACAUCUUCACCAAGCUCUGGAAGAACGGGUUCAUCGAGGAGCGCGAGACCGUCCAGCCCUUCUGCCCCGUCGAGACCCACCAGUCCUUCCUUGCCGACCGGUUCGUCGAGGGUGUUUGCUCCAUCUGCGCCUACGACGGCGCGAGAGGAGACCAGUGCGACAAGUGCGGUAACCUCCUCGACCCCCUGGAGCCCGAGCCCGAGGCCAACGCUUCUGCCGAAGACGAUGUCGCGGCAAAGCCCACCGGUUUCCUCAUCAAGCCCCGCUGCAAGCUCGACGGAGCUACCCCCGAGAAGCGCAAGACGAAGCACCUCUUCCUCAGACUCGACGCAUUGAAGGAUGAGCUUGUCAAGUGGUUCAAGGAAUCCAGCAAGAAGGGCGCGUGGAGCAACAACGCCGAGCAGAUCACCCAGGCCUGGAUCGACAAGGGCCUGAAGCCCCGUGGCAUCACCAGAGAUCUCAAGUGGGGUGUUCCCAUCCCGACGCACGAGGUUGGACAGGAGUAUGCCAAGAAGGUCUUUUACGUCUGGUUCGACGCCUGCAUCGGCUACGUUUCCAUCACCAAGAACUACACCGACGGCGACGACCUCGCCGGCAAGAAGUGGGAGCAGUGGUGGAAGAACCCCGACGACGUCAAGCUGUACCAAUUCAUGGGCAAGGACAACGUCCAGUUCCACACCAUCAUCUUCCCCGGAUCCCAGCUCGGCACCGGCGAGAACUGGACGAAGCUGCACAAGAUCUCCACCACCGAGUACCUCAACUACGAGGGCGGCAAGUUCAGCAAGUCCAGAGGUGUCGGCGUCUUUGGCAACCAGGUCCAGCAGACCGGCGUUCCCGUUGACAUUUGGAGAUACUACCUUCUCUCUCGCCGGCCCGAGACGUCCGACUCCGAGUUCAUGUGGCAAGAGAUGGUCGACGGCAACAACAACGAGCUUCUGAAGAACCUCGGCAACUUCUGCCAGAGAGUCAACAAGUUCUGCCAGGCCAAGACAGACGGCGUCGUUCCCGACUACACCAAGUACAGCGACGACUACCUCAAGAAGCACAUUGAUGAGGUCAAUGCCAUGCUCAAGGAAUAUGUCAGCAACAUGGAGGCCACCAAGAUGAGGGCUGGUCUCCAGACUAUCAUGUCCAUCUCUGCCCUCGGUAACAAGUUGCUCCAGGACAACAAGCUGGACAACCGCCUGCUUACUGAGGAGCCUGACCGCUGCGCUGCAGUUGUCGGUCUCGCUCUCAACCAGAUCGACCUGCUCGCAUCUCUGGUUGCCCCUUACCUCCCCAACACCUCCACCGCCAUCCUCAAGCAGCUCGGCGUCGAGCCCAAGCCCUUCAUCCCCGACACCUGGGUCACUGAUGCCAUCAAGCCCGGCCACAAGCUCGGUACACCCGAGCAUCUCUUUACCCAAAUCCCGGCAUCCAAGAUCGAGGAGUGGAAGGAUGCCUUUGGUGGCGAGGAAGUGCGGAAGCAGAAGGAAGAGGCCGCCGCCAAGGCUGCUGCGAAGAAGGCGGCCAAGGACGCCGAAAAGGCUCGUAAGAAGGCCAAGAAGGAGGCCGAGAAGGCCAAGGCGGCCGGCGCUGCGCCCUCGGUUGAGUCGACUGAGAAGAAGGCCGAGGCCGACCCCGCCAUUGAAGCGGUAACGGAGGCGAUCUCCAAGACGGAUGUCCACACCUCGUAG